AUGUCUGAUAACUAAUUAACUGACUUGUUACUAUAUUAUGCUUAUGUAGAACAAGAAAUAGAAAUAUUAAGAGAAGUGUUAUGCUCUGAACCUUAUUUCCAACCUUAUAACUUAUUCAAAUUUAUUGAUUGCCUGAAGGAUGAACCAAAAGGUUAUUUAACUGCUUAAGAUUUAUCUUAUUAUUUAAGUGAUAUAUAAUUUCUAUCCAAUCUACGAACAAAAACAUAUAUAGAGAAUUAUAAUUAAAAUUAAGAUGGCAAAUUAGUUUAUUCAGAAUUUUUGAGAACAAUCCUGCCUAUUUCUAAUCCAGAUUUAAGAGAAAAGAUCACAUAGUAAACGCCCUCUGAAUCAAUAAUUAUAAGCGAAAGAACUUAAUAUUUAUUUGCAAAGUUAAUGGAAGCGGAAAUAAAACUGACUAUACAGGCCGAGAAUUACAAAUAGUAAAUAGAUCCUAAUUUUUUUGAUAAGAUUUGUUAUUAGAAUUACAUUUAUCAUCAAGAUCUGCAGAGUUAUUUUAAGCACAAAUAUAUAUCUACAAAUUCUGCUGAGAUAUAAUAAAUCUUCAAUAGGAUAGAUUUACUAAAUGAUGGAAAGAUAGAUAGAAAUGAAUGGAAUUUAUGGGUAAGUGCCAGAAAAUCUGUUUUAUCAAUCAAUUCGAAUUCAUACAAAUAACAAUAGAAGUUUAAUAACACAAGAUAUAGUUCUACAAAAAGAAAAUAAUAAGAUUCUACAAUGAGCGAUCUCUUCGCGAUCUCCAAAUAAGGAUUUUAUUAAUCUACUAAACCUCCUUUGACUAAUUUCUCUUACAAUACGCCAAAAAAAUAUUAGAAGCAGAAAACAGAUUUAAGAGCCUAAAUGCAUUAUUCAUUAUUACAGAAUAGCAACUCAAAAUAAGAACAAUCUUAUAAAACCAUACCUCAUAAACAAAUAACAAGAUUUUAUGAUGAUGACAUUUAAACUUUAAAAAAGUCUUAGUCAGCUGCAAAAUUUGAAGCAUUGGAACCUGUUAAUUAUUAUGUUUAGCUCUUUUUGAAUUUGAUCUAGUUGGUAAAAAAGAUUGAACGCCAAAAGAUUUUGUUGAGCAAUCAUGAUGAUUUUUCAUUAUAUUCCUCAUUUCAAAAAUUGGAUAAAGGUUUUAAAGGAAUUUUAAUAAAGAGUGAUUUGAACUCAUUUUGCAAAUACCCAUAAUUGAUAUUGGAUCGUUAUGGAAAAGAUAAUAAGAUUAGGUUUUCAGAAUAUAUCAAGAUGGUCGAACCAAAAGAUCCAUAGGCUGUAGAAAUACUCUUACAAAAAGAUUAGAAACAGAAGGGAAACAUGUUAACGUAAACAGAGUUAUCUUUAAGGUUGUUAUUCUAAUUGAUUGAGGAAUUUCAAUAGAAGAUAAACUAAACGAAGGAUUAUUAAAGCAAAUAAUAAUUUGACAUAAGCGAAAUCUUUUAUAUGUUGGCUUAUGAUAGACAAUAUAUAACGAAUUAAGACAUUACUGAUUUCUUACAGGCAAAUCAAUUUUCAACUGCUUCCCAAGACGUUGAUUUAUUGAUCUAUGAAUUAGAUUUUGACAGCGAUGGAUAUAUAAGUUAUAGAGAUUUUGUUAAAAUUUUUGGAAAAUGA